CGAGAAGGGGCGGCCCCGGGGCACCGGGAUAAGAGCGCAGCGUGCGGCCUGCCGGGGUCCCGGGCGGUAGCUCCGCGAUGUCGCUCGUGCUGCUGAGCCUGGCCGCCCUGUGCAGGAGCGCCGUACCCCGAGAGCCGACCAUUCAAUGUGGCUCUGAAACUGGGCCGUCUCCAGAGUGGAUGCUACAACAUGAUCUAACCCCUGGAGACUUGAAGGACGUCCGAGUGGAAACUGUUAAAAUGAAUGUUGCAACAGGGGACUAUUCAAUUUUGAUGAAUAUAAGCUGGGUACUCCGGGCAGAUGCCAGCAUCCGCUUGUUGAAGGCCACCAAGAUAUGUGUGACGGGCAAAAGCAACUUCCAGUCCUACAGCUGUGUGAGGUGCAAUUACACAGAGGCCUUCCAGACUCAGACCAGACCCUCUGGCGGCAAAUGGACAUUUUCCUACAUAGGCUUCCCUGUGGAGCUGAACACAGUCUAUUUCAUUGGAGCCCAUAAUAUUCCUAAUGCAAAUAUGAAUGAAGAUGGCCCAUCCAUGUCUGUGAAUUUCACCUCACCAGGCUGCCUAGACCACAUAAUGAAAUAUAAAAAGAAAUGUGUCAAGGCUGGAAGCCUAUGGGCUCCGAACAUCACUGCUUGUAAGAAGAAUGAGACGGUAGAAGUGAACUUCACAACCAGUCCCCUUGGAAACAGAUACAUGGCUCUUAUCCAACACAGCACCGUCAUUGGGUUUUCUCAGGUGUUAGAGCCAUACCAGAACGAACAAGCGCGAGCUUCAGUGGUGAUUCCAGUGACCGGGGAAAGUGAAGGUGCUGUGGUGCAGCUGACUCCGUAUUUUCCUACUUGUGGCACCGACUGCAUCCGGCACAAAGGAAAGGUGGUGCUCUGCCCACAGACAGGCGUCCCUUUCCCUCUGGAUAACAACAGAAGCAACCUGGGAGGCUGGCUGCCUUUCCUCCUGCCAUCUAUAUUGGUGGCCACAUGGGUGCUGGCAGCAGGGAUCUAUCUAAUAUGGAGGCACGAAAGGAUCAAGAAGACUUCCUUUUCCACCACCACGCUACUGCCCCCCAUUAAGGUUCUUGUGGUUUACCCAUCUGAAAUAUGUUUCCAUCACACAGUUUGUCACUUCACUGAGUUUCUUCAAAACCAGUGCAGAAGUGAGGUCAUCCUUGAAAAGUGGCAGAAAAAGAAAAUAGCAGAGAUGGGUCCAGUGCAGUGGCUUGCUGCUCAAAAGAAGGCAGUGGACAAAGUCAUCUUCCUUCUUUCCAAUGACAUCAACAGUGUGUGUGAUGGUACCUGUGACAAGACUGAGGGCAACCCCAGUGAAAACUCUCAAGACCUCUUCCCCCUUGCCUUUAACCUUUUCUGCAGUGAUCUAAGAAGCCAGACUCAUCUGCACAAAUAUGUGGUGGUCUACUUUACAGAGACUGAUACCAAAGAUGAUUAUGAUGCUCUCAGUGUCUGCCCCAAGUACCACCUCAUGAAGGAUACCACUGCUUUCUGUGCAGAACUUCUCCACGUCAAGCAGCAGGUGUCAGUGGGAAAAAGAUCACAAGCCUGCCACAACAGCUGCUGCUCCUUAUAGUGUACCCAUGAGACGCAAGAGACCUUAAAAGCUUCCUAUCCCACCAAUUACAGGGGAAAAAAAAGUGUCUGUGAUGAUCCUGAAGCUCACUCUACAGCCUACAAAUAGCCUUAAAACAUUUUAUGCCAAUAAAAUUGUUUCAAAUAUUGCUAACUAGCAUUAACUAAAGAAUUGACUAGUAGCAUUAACUAAAGAAACUACAUUUACAACUUCAAAGCUAUAUCAAUUUUAUACAUAGAAAUGAAUUACAAUUAUAAUUGAAAACUAUAACCAUUUUGAUAAUGCAGCAAUAAAGUGUCUUCCAGCCAAACA